AGAUAAAAAAAACAACACAAACACUAUAAAUUAAACACAAACGUAAAAGAAAGAAAGAAGAGAAAGGGGAAAUGAAAUAGAGAAGGAAAAGGGAAAGAGAAGAAAGACCACAACACCUCGCAAAUUCGGAGAGCCUUUCAUUUCAACAUUGCUAUCGCGCUAUUCACAUUUCGCUCUUUCCUUUCCUCUUUCUCUCCGUUAUUCAUUUCCAUUCCGUUACAAUAAUCCGAAUCAACCAAUUCUCAUUACUCUAACUCUUCUUUUUCAAUUAUCAUCAAUAAUCGCGUUAAUCUUUGUAGUUGAUUUUAGGUUUUGAUUCAUAAUUCGAAAAAAUGAGCGUGAUUUCGCGAAACAUUUGGCCUGUUUGCGGGAGUUUGUGUUGUUUUUGUCCUGCAUUGCGAGAGAGAUCGCGACAUCCGAUUAAACGUUACAAAAAAUUGCUAGCUGAUAUCUUUCCUCGCACGCAGGAAGAAGAACCUAAUGAUCGUAAGAUCAGCAAAUUAUGCGAGUAUGCAUCCAAAAAUCCUCUUCGUGUUCCUAAGAUAACCAGCUAUCUUGAGCAAAGGUGUUAUAAGGAAUUGAGGAAUGAGAAUUAUCAAGCUGUCAAAGUUGUGAUUUGUAUUUAUAGGAAGUUGUUGGUUUCUUGUAGAGAUCAAAUGCCUUUGUUUGCAAGUAGCUUGCUUAGCAUCAUACAAAUUCUUCUUGAUCAAACACGGCACGACGAAGUGCAGAUUUUAGGAUGCCAAACCUUGUUUGACUUUGUGAACAAUCAGAGGGAUGGUACUUAUAUGUUUAAUUUAGACGGGUUCAUUUUAAAACUGUGCCAUCUAGCUCAACAAAUGGGAGAUGAUGCAAAAAUUCAGCAUUUGCGAGCUUCUGGGCUUCAAGUCCUUUCAGCAAUGGUUUGGUUCAUGGGUGAGUUCACUCAUAUUUCAGUUGAAUUUGACAAUGUUGUUUCGGUUGUUUUGGAAAACUAUGGGGAGAUCAAGCAAGAUUCUCAAAAUGAGAAUUCCACUAGGCUUUAUUCAUGGAAAGUGGUAGUGAAUGCCAAAGGAGAAGUCAAUGUGCCUAUGGAAGAUGCUGUGAAUCCUGGAUUUUGGUCGCGAGUUUGCAUACAAAAUAUGGCUAAGUUAGCCAAGGAAGGUACCACUGUACGGCGUGUUCUGGAAUCCCUUUUCCGCUAUUUUGAUAAUGCCAAUCUCUGGUCUCCAGAUCACGGGCUUGCUCUAUCUGUCUUGCUAGACAUGCAGUCUAUAAUUGAAAAUGCUGGACAGAAUACACACUUGUUGCUGUCCAUUUUAGUUAAGCACCUUGAUCAUAAGAAUGUCUUAAAGAAUCCUAAUAUGCAGCUUGAUAUCGUUGGUGUUAUUACCCAUCUUGCUCAACAAACAAGAGUUCAGCAAUCUGUGGCUAUAAUCGGUGCAUUGAGUGAUAUGAUGAGACACCUGCGAAAAAGUAUACACUGCUCUAUUGAUGAUUCAAACUUAGGGGCUGAAGUAAUACAAUGGAACCAAAAGUACAGAAUGGAAGUAGAUGAAUGCCUUGUACAACUAACAAUUAAGAUUUCAGACGCAGGCCCUGUUCUUGAUACCAUGGCUGUGUUGUUGGAAAACAUGUCUAAUAUUACAGUUAUGGCCAGAACCUUGAUUGCCGCAGUUUAUAGAACUUCUCAAAUAGUUGCUUCUAUACCCAAUUUGUCAUAUCAGAACAAGGCAUUCCCUGAGGCAUUAUUUCAUCAGUUACUCCUGGCAAUGGUCCAUGCAGACCAUGAAACCAGAGUGGGUGCACACCGCAUAUUUUCUGUUGUUCUUGUGCCAUCGUCAGUUUGUCCUCAACCUUCUUCUUCAAAUCCCCCCUUGCCCAAGACAGCUGAUAUUCAGAGAAUGCUCUCGAGAAAUGUCUCCGUAUUUUCUUCUUCAGCUGCACUCUUUGAGAAAUUGGAGAAGAAGCAACUUUCCCCACAAGAAGAUAGUCAGUCAGAUAGAAAGAGCAAUGAUAGCUCCGUUCUGAACAGAUUGAAGUCAAGUUAUAGUCGGACCACUAGUUCAAGAAAAUCGGCUAUGACCAUAAGUGAAUCUUCAAGGGUUAAUAACCCUUCUAUGAUAAAUAGAUUGAAGUCAAGUUACAGCCGGGUAACUAGUGUGAAGAGGCCUCAAUUGCCUGUAACUGUUGAAGAAAGUGCUGCAAAUAGCUCCAAUAACCAACAGGUAUUGCCGAUUAGGCUGAGUACUCAUCAGAUUACCCUUUUACUAUCAUCAAUCUGGGUCCAGUCUAUCUAUCCCCUGAAUACACCUGGAAAUUUUGAAGCAAUUGCCCAUACCUACAGCCUUGUCCUGCUAGUUGCUCGGAGUAAGAAUUCUUCUCAUGAGGCUCUAGUUCAAAGUUUCCAGUUGGCAUUUUCCUUGAGGAACAUUUCUCUUAAUGAAAACGUUAAACUGCAAGCAUCACGCCGCAGGUCUCUCUUUACACUAGCAACAUCCAUGAUUAUCUUCACAUCCAAGGCCUACAACAUCCUCUCUCUCAUAUCUAUUGCAAAAACGACAUUGACAGAUAAAACUGUUGAUCCUUUCCUUCAACUGGUUAAUGACAGCAAGUUACAAGCUACGGUUGAUACAUCUGGCCAGCCAAGUAAAGUUUAUGGAUCAAAAGAGGAUGAUGAAGAUGCGUUAAAGUCACUUUCAUCGAUAAAACUAACUGAAAGCCAGUCAAAUGAAUCAUUUGUUACUAUGAUAUUGCAGAAUCUAGAAGAACCUUUAAAUGAAGCAUCCGAGUUAAAAGAACGGCUGCUUAAUAACUUUUCACCAGAUGAUGCUUGUCCGUUAGGAGUCCAGUUAUCUCUUGAUACAACAGGAAACAUUAACCAGUCUGGACUAAAGGAUGAUAAACAUUCUGAUAUGGUUGAUAUUCCAUUAUUUACUAUUGAUGAUGACAUUCCAGCUUGUGGUUUGGAAAGCCAAGCUAAUGCUGAUGCACAACAACAGCCUUCGGAAAAUCUAAGCCUGAUUAGUGUUGAUGACAUUUUGGGUUCAGUUUCUGAGACAACACAUCAUGUAGGAAGGAUUUCUGUUUCAACACCUUCUAACAUGCCAUACAAAGAAAUGGCUCUCCAUUGUGAGGCCCUCCUCGCGGGAAAGCAACAAAAGAUUUCCACUUUCAUGGGUGCCAAUCCAUUACAUGGCUACUCAUUCAGGAUUCUCGCUCCUCCUGAUUACAACCAUGAAAAGGACGAACCCACAAAUUCCAAUGUUCAACAGAGUUUACCUUUGAAUGGAAAUCCAUUCUUGGAUUCACCCAGCACAUUGCCAGAGACUGCUCCAAGGCUUUGUGCCACAUCAUAUCAGCAACAGGAUGCCUUCUUUCAACUGCCAGCAUCACGCCCAUAUGACAAUUUCUUGAAGGCUGCUGGUUGCUGAUUAAUGAUAGAUAGGAUGGCGAUUCUCAUAUAGUUAAGCUUCUUGAUAAAACUGUCUCAUAUUAGUGAUAUACAAGAAUAUCCUUGGAAAAGUUACACUAGCAGCUUUCUUGACAAGGGAUUGGCAACGGUAAUUUAUGAUUGGAGCAGUGUGUUGUUAAGGGGCAAAAAUCAUCAAUCAGAUAGUUAGCUGAAUAAUGUCCCUUGUGCAUUGAUUUUCUUCCAGCAAGGAGGUGUAUCUUUUAUCAGCUUCCUUGCAUUUUUUCAGAGAUAUAUGGUGCAUAGGUUACAGGUCAUAUGAAUGUGUACAUCUCAUUAUUUCAUUCUUUUUUUCCCUUCUAAUCUUUAUUUUCCUUCAACUUCUCAUUCCAUUUUAGGCAGUGAGAAAUUUGUAAAAAUGUAGAGAAUUUUUUUAUAAUAUAUUUUAAAGUUAUAUUAAUAUAA